GAAUCGCCCACGACCGCACAACCGCUUGACAUGUCAGAUGAUGACAUGCAAGAGACUGGAAUCACAGGCGACGGCACCGUAUCACCAAUGCUCAGCUCGAGACAGGACUCGGACGGCCCAACCCCUCCGCCCAAGCCGCCGCGCCCGAUGACCGAGGCACAGAAGAACCAGCUCAUAUUGAAGGAAGCGUUUCCAACCGUCGAGGAUGGCGUAAUCAAGGCGGUUCUGACCGCGAGCGGAGGGCGCGUGGAGCCUGCCUUUAAUGCCCUGCUUGAAAUGACCGACCCGGACGCUGCCAAGAACGAGCCGCAAAACAUCCCUCCUCAGCAGCCGCCGAGGCCCUCGCGGUCUCAGAUCGAAGAAGAUGAGCGAUAUGCGCGUCAGUUGGCGGAGCAGUACGACAACGUCGGCGCUUACGAAGCUCGCACCUCCAAUCGUGGAGGCAGUGGGCGAACAAGAGGACAGCCAGGAUUCGGAGACGAGCGGGAGCGCAACUUUCUGGAUGACGAACUUCCCGUCAUCCGCGAAAACCUCCGACAGGGAUUCCUCGAAACCCAGACCAAGGUCAACGGCUGGAUCAGCACGUUGAAGAAGAAGAUUGAGGAGAACUUUGACGAGAGCGACGAUCAUGAGCGCAGAGACGGGCCUCAGUAUCGGCAUGGCGGGCCCAGCAGCAGGAGCACCGACUAUGAUGCCGACCCGCAGGUUCUCAGCGAUGACUUUGCUGGCAUGAAGUUUUCGGCAGACGGGACUCCCGCUUAUAACAACCGGCCGAUGGCCAAUACCGGUGUCUACAGACCACCCCCCUCCACCUCGCCGCGGGCAGAUGGCCGGAGAGUGGGAUUCAAGGAUGAGCCCGAAGAGAUCAAGAUGUAUGAUGCCUCACCCAAGCUUUCUCCCAAGGGCGAGAGUGCGGCAGCACCGGCAGGCAAGGCCAGCAAGUGGCAGCCGCUCUCCAGUGUAGAUCCGGACCCGAUCACGGACAACGACCCCUUCAGCCUUGGUGACAGCGAGGAUGAGCGAGAGACGAAGGAGAAGCCCAAAGAUGCCAAGUUGGACGACGCUGAGCGGCUGAAGAAGGCUGCGGCCGAGGCAAUGGCAGACAGCCUG